CGUCCCCCCGACCUUGGGAUUCCUUCCCCACCAAGAUCGGUGAAGCAGGACGGACAAAGGGCGACCGGGGAAGCACAGCAGCUGAGUUCCUAGCUGAUGAAGGAUCGCCUCUUUCUCAACUAUAUCGAGGGGGCUAGCUGGCUUUUGAAGAGCAUCAUUGUGGUCAACUGAAACGUGGCACCAACAUGAGCAUUACAAUUCUCCCAAUGCGGCUGACGCUGCUGACUCUGCCAAAAGAAUCUCUGUCAUGCGUCAUGCAUGCCAUGGUCAAGAAUCUGUACUUUCGAAGAAAGGAUACUUUCUUCUCCUAUACCGAGAACUCUCUUGAAGUUUCUAUUGUUGCAGAUGUCGAAACAGCCGCCAACGAUUUCCCCACUCCAGCCAUUUGCCCCGGACUGGUCAUUUGCCCAGAUCCUUUUCGGGCACUACAAAUCGACAGCGACACAGGGCUAGACAACUCUGCGAAGCGAAUCAACGAAAUAUCGGCUCCUCUGGCGAAGGCGGGAGUCAGCAUCUUCUAUUUAUCAACUUAUCAGACAGAUUUCGUCUUUGUAAAAGAACGACGGAUGUCCCUCGUUAUCUCCACCCUUCAAGCCAGUGACUUUGACUUCAUGGACCUCGAAUCUUUCCAUUUUGAUCACUCUCCACCAUCCACCCCAAGUGUCACAGCCCCUUCCACCCCGAGCUACGGAUUUAAUGGCACGACGCCUGCAAAUGACGAGGUGGCAGCAAGUCCCCCUGCGGACUCUGUUUCGUCAUCACCAACUCGAGCGGAUGCUUGUUUCAAUGAUCUGAACAAUGGCAAAUUCUUGGCUCGAAAAAUCAUCCCACGAUAUACCCUUCGGCUGGUUGGCCUUAACCGAGAAUAUGUAGAUGCGUGGGCGAUAAAAUUGAUUCGGAUCAUAUUCUACCCUGACCUGAUACCACACGCAGAAAACGUAGAGCAAUCUGCUGGAGGCACUGAAAGAUUCUUCAGCUACACUGCAACUGAGGAGGGUAUCUCAAUUGUGGCUGACGACCAAGUCCUUGCGGAGUUUCCGGAGCACUUUUUGAAUAUGAGCACGACACCAAAACCUCUGAAAUGCAUUCAAGUUGAUCUGACUGAUUAUGGGUUGGACCGAUACGGGAUUGUCUACUCUAUGGCCGAUCCGUUGUCCAGCUGCGGCAUUAAUUUAUUAUAUCUUAGUACAUAUAUGACAGCCAACAUUCUGGUGAACGCGAAAGACUUGCCUAAAGCAAUCAAAAUAUUGGAUGAUGUGGUGCAGCGAGAAGUAGCGGAUAGGGAACGACGAUCUGCCGAUUCGGAGGACUCUACUUCUACUGACGGGGUGAACGAGAGUGACGAAUCGCUCUUCGAUGAUGAGCGUAGGACCUCAGUAACACGAACUUUGUGCCUAAAUGAUUAUACUGAGCCUGCUGCUGCGAGACAGAGCAACGAAUGGGUACGAAUAGAUGGCUUGCAACUGCACGGUGAAGGGUGAAGCUGCAUGGCUAUUCAACGAUUAAUUGGGUCGGUGGAACACCAAAAUCUCACCAAGUUGGGAUAACAUAUAGACAUUCAAGGAGAUGAGGAGUAUGCUGUCAAGAGACGAAAGCUUUGAGAAUUGCGCAAGGGCGGUAGCUUAAUUUUAUUUUGUAACAUUUUUUUAUACACUUUCAAUACAUAUUCAACGUCCGACCGUCUGGACACGUAGCG